AGGAGAAGGAUUUCAUAGUCACAAUAAUUUGGUAUCAACUAUGAGGAUAAAACCACGUAUAGUCUAGAUGCUUCCAGCUUGAAAUGCAUGCACAGACUGACAACAUUGUUCGGUGGCAUGUAGGUUUCGGAGGACUCGCCUCGUGUGGCAAGUUGAUGACAGUAGGAAUUCACGCCCAAGACAGUUUAUCACGAUGGGUGCUUUCAACUGUCUUUCCUGAGACUUGGCACGAUGCUCUCAAACAUCAUGCAGCUCGAGCAUCGCCAGCCCGCAUUAUUACAUGUAGUGAUAUUCUGUCAAUAUUCAUAUCCAACUUUCACCACCACUUGCGUGGCAGGAAGUUCAAUUCACGAACGGAAUGCUCGACUUUGCCGAAGAAAUCUAUUUUGCAGGUGCCACCUACCACAUGCCUCCAUUUCGUGCCGGCAAAACUUGGCCUAGAUGCGCAAGUUUUCCUGGUCAGAUCGCCAGCCGGCUCUACCCGUCUUGACAUAUGCAGCAGCCAUGCCUUCAUCCGUUGGGUGGCUUGCAACCUUUUACCAUUGAGAAGGAAUUUCUCAUUUGAAAGUCUCAUCUCGCAAUACACCCCAUCUGUACUCAGAAUGGCCUCAUAAGACGCAAUCCUCAACCCGCAUUCUCUCGCACAACAUGGAGCGAAUGAAUGUUUGCAGGGUCGAGAACAAGAAAGAAAAAAAAGGCAAAAAGCAUCUCAGCUGGACCCUUUGAAACGCCACAAACCCCCCCGCCAGGAAUGUUUUCAUCGUGUUCCGGGUUACCGUAAACAUCAACAUGCAGGACCACGG